AUGAAGCUGCUCCCCCUCCUCGCCCUCCUGGGCAUCGGGGCCGCCCACCCGCACCAACAGCACCCCCACGAUGCCGCCGCGGCCGCGGCCGUCCUGGGCUCGAGACAACAGGCAUGCUCCGGCCCCGUGGAAAGCAACCCAUCCACCUGGUGGCGCGCCGCCAUCGGCCACAAUGGCACGGCGCCGACGAGCACGGACUCGACGUAUCAGUACUACCGGACGGCGGUCCAGUACGGCGCCGAUAACACGGGCGUCCAGGACUCGUCCGACGCCUUUAACUCUGCCAUUGAAGCAUGGAGCCGCACAGGAAACACGGUAACAACCCGCCCAGCUUACAUCUACGUCCCGCCCGGCCGGUACCGCAUCAAGAAGUCGAUCAACAUGCUCGUGACGACCUACCUCGUCGGCGACGCCCUCAACCCGCCCGUUCUCAUCGCCGAUCCGGCGCUCGGCGAGCAGCCUGUGAUCAACGGCUACGAUUCCCACCAGGGCGACGGGUCCGCGACAAAGAACUUUUACAUGGCGGUGCGGAAUCUGGUGAUUGACACCACCGAGAUCGGCACCGGCGUCGCGGCCGUCGGAAUGGACUGGAGCGUGUCGCAGGGGUGCUCGUUGACGAAUGUCAAAGUGCGCAUGCCGAAUUCCUCGAGCCAUGUUGGUGUUACGAUGGUGCAGGGCGGUUCUGGGAUCUUGAUUAGCGAUUGUCAAUUCGAAGGCGGCGCCAUCGGCAUUAAAGUCAACGGCCAGCAAUACCAAUUCAAGAACCUCUCCUUCAACGGCUGCAACGUCGGCAUCUCCGUCGACCACGUCUGGGUCGCCGUCGUCCAGGGCGCCACCUUCGCAAACUGCAACUUUGGCAUCGACAUGGGCCGCAACACGGCCGGCGUCGUCUCCGUCGUCGACUCCAGGGUAGAAUCAUCCUGCAACGCCGGCGUAAACAACCUCGUGACGGGCUCCGGCCAAAACUCUUUGAUUCUCGACAACUUCCAGGUUGGAUCUAACAGCACCACGGCGGCCGUCAAGUCUGCGAGCGACGGGUCGACGCUGCGCAAGGACUCUGUGACGGCCGGGCAGACGUGGGUCAUGGGUAACGUCAACUCGAAUAACCUGCAAAAGGGGACGGUGUACCCCAUUGACCGGCCCGCCGCGCUGGUUUCCGGGGAUAGGUACUUUACGGCGCCGCUGCCGCAAUAUGAAAAGUACGCGCUGGAUCAGUUUGUGAGUUUGAAUGGCGAUUCGCAGUACCCCGUGUACGGCGACAACAGCCACAACGACGGACCGAACAUCAACGCCAUCUUGCAAAAGUACAAGGGUUGCAAGAUCAUCUUUGUGCCGCAGGGUAUUUACCGCACCGAGGAGACGAUCUACGUGCCCCCCGGAACGCGCCUAGUCGGUGAGACGCUCAGUAUCAUCAACGGUAGGCCAUAUCCGAACCACUGGGGUCCCUCGAAACCGAUUACUGACUUGAGAGUAGGUAAUGGAUCAAAGUUUUGGAACCCGGACGACCCUCAACCCAUCCUCAAGGUCGGCAACCCAGGCGAGACGGGCGUCGCCCAAAUUACCGACAUCACGGUCGAGGUAGCCGACGUCCUCCAGGGCGCGACCCUGGUCCAGAUCAACAUGGCCGGCGCGCGGCCCGGCGACGUCGGCAUCUGGAGCAGCGUCUUCCGCGUCGGCGGCACGAAGCACUCGCUCACCAACACGAACUGCGGCGGCGCGGACCCCGGCGCGUGCAAGGCCGCCUUUGCGCUCAUGCACGUCACCUCCACGGCGAGCGCGUACCUCGAGAACGUGUGGGGCUGGGUGGCGGACCACUCGCUCGACGGCGGCGCCGCGCAGAACAUUGCCGUCGGCAGAGGCGCGCUCAUCGAGAGCACCAAACCCACGUGGCUGGUGGGAACAAGCUUCGAGCACUGCGUCUUGUAUCAGUAUAACCUCCACAACGCGCAGAAUGUGUACAUUAGUCUGGAGCAGACGGAGUCUGCGUAUUGGCAGGGUGAGGGGACUCCCCAAAGAGCGCCCAGUCCGUGGUCCGUAAAACCAGCUUUCGGCGACCCGGAUUUCAGCAACUGCGCGGCCCAGGGACAGGGCAACAACGACCGCUGCUACCGAUCAUGGGGCCACUACAUGACAGGCAGCUCCAAGGUGGUGAUCCAUGGCUCCGCGCUGUGGGUGUUCUUCAACAAGAUGAACGACAACAAGUGGCAGAACGCGCAGUGCGAGAACACGGGCGGCAACUGCAUGACCAACCAGGCCUACGCUGACAGCGCCAAGUCAACGUACUGGUUCGGCCUGAGCUCCAAGAGCACCACCGCGCUUCUGUACGACAAGACGGGGGGCGUCAUCUGGGAGGUGUUUGCGAGCGAUAACACUGGUGGAUGGGGAGGCGUCCUUGCCGCGUAUCUUCGGGAUACGGCAGCUUGA